AUGCCUGUCUCGGACUCUGUACAUGUCGACUUGGGACCUUUGCUCACAUCACGGACAGGCUCCGCCUUGUCGAAGCAGGAAAGCACCGUUAUCAACAUCGGCGAACCAAACGGAACUCCCCGCCUUAUCACCUACCUCUCUUCGAGCCAGGGCUUUGCGUGGAACCCAGAGAUCUUCCUGCCGUCUUAUGUCGAUUGUGACUACACCCCGCUCGAGAACCGACGGGAGCCCGUACACGAGAUCGUCCUCAGCGAUGAGGAGAUCAACAACAUGUUUCCCCAAUAA